GCCGGCGGCCAGUGGGCAGGGUCACGGGGCAAGGUCCCGCGGGCCGCUGGGUGCGGCGACUUCCGUGCUCCCGGCGAGCGGGCGGAGAGCGGGGGCCGCACUGGGGAGUGUGGGCUGGGCCGCAGGUGAGCGCGCGGUCCCGGCGAGCAGGUCGAGUCAGCCCAGGCCAGUAACCUCUGAGUUACGGGAGGAGUGAUCGCUAGGGUCCACCCCGGUCCCGGCCAGAUCUGCCAGCCCCCCUCUCUGGCGGGUGUUCUGGUGCCAAGUCUGGGAGCCCAGGUAGCCCUCCGCAGACAGGGCUUCUCGGCACCUCAAUGAGGACGGACGUUGAUGAGGCCAUGAAUGAGGUGGGCUAGGGACAGGGGACCGGGAGCCUCACAGAAGGGAGAAGGGUAGCCAUUUGGAUGGACCUUCACCUCACUUGCGCUCCCAUUCCUGGACUGCGCUCGAGUGACUGUCAGGGCUAAUUCUUCCGCCUUCUCAGGCCUCCUGUGUCCUUGUUAGCAGUUCUUGAAUUUGGGACUACGGCUUCUGGCCUCGUUGGGCCUCCGGGCCCCCGCACUGGGGCAGGUUUCCCAGCAGCCCAGUUGACCUUUACCGGAUGCUUUUGGCAGACGUCCUCCAUGCCGGGCUGGAAAUAUGCGUCACAGUGUUUUUCAGACACUUUUGCCUCUUUCAUUGUGAUACCCUGCCUGGGGACGACUGUGAUGGAGUCUUUAGGUUUUUGUAAUCAGCAAAGGCAUCUGUUAUGCUCCUGCCACCUUUUGGGGGAGAGUGGGUGGAGGAUGUUGUGAUUUUACACUAGGGAGUUUGGGCUGUCAUUCAUUCGUUCAGCAGACCUUUUUUGGGCACUCUGCCAGGCAGGGUAGGAGAGGUGCCUGGAUGGAUAGGGCAUAAUUGGGCCAGACAGACACGGUUCUUAGCCUUUUGGAGCUUAAAGUGUCUUGAGAAACGCAGGCAGGGUAAGCCAGCAUCGUGCCUGACACAGAGUAAGUGGUUAUAAGUGUCGAAUAAAGGAAUGAAUUGACUUAUUUGGGAAUGAUUAGAAUGUGAGCAGGACGGUAGCGAGAGACUUUAUGCUGCAUGUGAGAGAUAGUUGUGAACUCAUGCGCGAUAUGUUUUAAGACAGGUUUGGAAAUCUGAACGGACAGUUGCUAUUUAGGGAAGCAUUUACUUAUACAGAGGACUUGCUUUAAAGGUGGAAGUAAAAUGGAGAAGUAUUAGGUUUGGGAUUCUUCAGAGGUGCCUCUUUUAACUAUUACUAUGUCUCUGAAUUUCACAAAUCCCUGAGUACAAUCUCAGAGUUUGGGAAAAGGAGAGCUCUUCUAGGUAAUGAAAUGCCAGGCUGAUGGGAAAAAACUGUAGGAAGCUCUCCCUAAGUCCAGGGUUUGGACAGAAACCGUAUACCUCUGCAGUGUGUUCUUCCCACUAGAAAGAGUGUAGGCUUUGAAAUUGGAGAGGCCUGGGUUCAAAAUCAGUGGCUCUAUCACUUCUAGUGAUCUUGGAUAAGUUAACAUAAUGUCUGUGAGCCUUUGUGGCCUUCACAAGAGUCUGGGCUAAUAAUUCCUACAUCAUAGAGGUGUUAUGAGGAUCAAAUGAUGAUUAGUGUGUAAAUUGUCAUCAUAGUGCCUGGUGCUGAGACAAUAAGCGGGGGAGUCUUGGAGAUGCUGCAAUUUUUUUUUUUUUUUUAAAUUUCAUGAUGCUGCCUUAUUGCAGGGGUCCUUAACCCCCUGGGCCACAGACCAGUGGUGGUCUUCAGCCCAUUAGAAACUGGGCUGCACAGCAGGAGGUGAGCGGUGGGCAAGCUGGCAAGCAUUACCGCCUGAGCUCCACCUUCUGAUAGAUCAGCAGCGGCAUUAGAUUCUCACAGGAGUGCAAACCCUAUUGUGAACUGCGCAUGUGAGGGAUCUACGUUGUGUGCCCCUUAUGAGAAUCUAAUGCCUGAUGAUCUGAGCUGGAACAGUUUCAUCCCGAAACCAUCCCUCUCCAACCCCCAUCUGUGGAAAAAUUGUCUUCCACGAAACUGGUCCCUGGUGCCAAAUAUAGAUUGGGGACCGCUGCCUUAUAGUGUUACGUCCAGAGAACAUUGGGAUUCCUUCAAAGAGAAUUGGAACCAAAGAGAGAGGGGGAGAAUCAUCUUAUCCUUGGUGAGGUUUCGAUUGUUCACUUUAGAUCAGAGAUAGUAGUGUUGGAGAAAUACCUACAGGGGCAUAAACAGAAAGAUCUUUUAGUGGAUACUUUUGGGCAAGUCUCUUAACCCUCUGAUAGUGGGUUAUGUAUCUACCUCACGUGGUGGACAUGAGGAUUAAGAGAGUGAGUGUAUAUGAAGCACCUAGCCCAAGGCCUGGCAUAUGUCAUGUGGCCUGUGUUUUGGACCGUGGUUCGUACCUAUGCUCCUUAUGUCACAUUCCCUGUUGCCUUCGUGGUCGGGGCUGUGGGUUACCACCUGGAAUGGUUCAUCAGGGGAAAGGACCCCCAGCCCGUGGAGGAGGAAAAGAGCAUCUCAGAGCGCCGGGAGGAUCGCAAGCUGGAUGAGCUUCUAGGCAAGGACCACACGCAGGUGGUGAGCCUUAAGGACAAGCUAGAAUUUGCCCCGAAAGCUGUGCUGAACAGAAACCGCCCAGAGAAGAAUUAAUGGAGGACACAGGGCCCUAUGGUCCUACUGUGGGUGGUGACUUGUCCUGCUACCAUGUUGACAGAGCCCCAGAACCCACAUCUAAUUGGCUUUGUUGCUUAUUCUGGCCCCUCCCACACCACACAGCCACACAAAUACUGGCUGCUCCUUGAUGGCCAGGCAGACCCAGCAGCAGCCGAGGGGCCAGUGAAGAGGAAGGCCGCAUCUGUUGUGUGGUGGCCACAAGCACUCAGGCAUCUGAGUUUACUGGUGCACUGCUGGGAGGAGAGUUAUGAGAUGAACAUUGGCUGUCAAUCUCUGUGGGCAGGCGGUUUGGCCUCUAGUGGGAAUGGCUGGGAUUUGGGCGUUGCCUUUAGGAGGGAUACCUGCAUGUCUAGUUCCAGUCUGCACUGGAAAGAAUUCAAAUAUGCACCUGGCUCCCUUCACUAUUUUGCCCUAUCUUUUGUGCUCAUUCUUACUGAAAUCUGUCUUGUCAGCUCAGGAAUGGGAUUCCCCCAGGAAGGAAAGCAUUUUUCUGUUCUGGGAAGCCCAGACUGUUCACUUUGGGGCAGGGACGAACAUGUGCCUCGUGAAUUUGCUUGAAAACAGUCACCAUCUUCUACCCCCAUCACUGUAUAGUGAAAAACCUGAUUAAAGUGGUAUCUGAGAACCAUAAUGAUCGAAUCUUAUCAUCCAGAUGGUAUUUGGGGGUCUUCUUAGGAGUUAGGCAAGUACAGGCAUUUUAGAGCAGGAUAACAUUGGUAUUAAAGGGUGCCAAGGAGCCCUGGAAACUGCUUUACUAGUGCGGUUGCGCUGAACCCUGGAGGCACAGAUUCCCAGGAACCUUUUUACCAUUAUUACAAUUGGCUGCAGCACCUUCAAGUCUAAAUGGAGGUAGACCUCACAUACACACACAUAGACGCCUUUCCCUAUAAAGGUAUAUAUGCACAUUCAAGAAAAUUUGGUAGGGAUUUUAAAAAGGUCACCCAUGUUCCCAGCUCGUUAAUAACAACCGUUAACAUUUUGUUGUCUUUUACUAAUUCUCUGCAUAGGUUUUAGAGAUAGUUAUCAUUACUGUACAUUUAAUUUUAUAUACUUUUCUCACUAUUAUCAUUUUCCCAUUUUACAUGGUCAUCAUAAUUGGUUUUUUGGAGACAGGGUCUCACUCUGUCACACAGGCUGGAGUGCAGUACAAUCACGGCUCAGUGCAACCUUGACCUCCUGGGCUCAAGUGAUCCUCUCACUUCAGCUCCUCAAGUAGAUGGGACUACAGGAGUAUGCCACCAUGCCCAGCUAAUUUUUUUAUUUUUUUGUAGAACCAGGUCUCACUAUGUUGCCCAGGCUGGUCUCAAACUCCUGGGCUCAAGUGAUCCUCCGGCCUUGGCCUGUAGUUUCUUUUUUCUUUUUUUUUGGAGAUGGACUCUCAUUCUGUCACCCGGGCUGGAGUGCAGUGGCGUGAUCUUGGCUGACUGCAACUUCUGCCUCCUGGGUUCAAGCGAUUCUCCUACCUCAGCUUCCUAAGUAGCUGGGAUUACAGGCGUGCGCCAUCGUGCCUGGCUAGUUUUUGUGUUUUUAGUAAAGACAGGGGUUUCACCAUCUUGGCCAGGCUGGUCUCGAACUCCUGACCUCAAGCGAUCCCGUCUGCCUCGGCCUCCCAAAGUGCUGGGAUUACAGGUGUGAGGCACCGUGCCUGGCAGUCUGUAGUUUUGUUGUUGUUGUUGUUGUUGUUGUUGUUUUAAAUAUGGAGUCUCGCUGUAUUGCCCAGGCUGGAGUGCAGUGGCGCGAUCUUGGUUCACUGCAACCUCCACCUCUUGGGUUCAAGCGAUUCUCCUGCCUCAGCCUCCUGAGUAGCUGGGAUUACAGGUGUGCGCCACUAUGCCCGGCUAAUUUUUGUAUUUUUAGUAGAGACAGGGUUUCACCAUGUUGGUCAGGCUGGUCUCAAACUUCUGACCUUGUGAUCUGCCUGCCUUGGCCUCCUAAAGUGCUGGGAUUACAGGCAUGAGCCACCGUGCCUGGCUGUAGUUGUUUAUAAUAGCAACAUAAUUGUCUAUCAAGUGGGAGUAUGACAUAAGUUUAUCCUGGACAAUUUCCAUAUUGCUGGACAUUUGAAUUGUUUCUGGUUGGUCACUCGUUUAGAUACUGCAACGAAUAUCUUAUAUGAAGCUUUUCCUGCGUUUUGGAAUAAACAGUAAAAAUAGUAAA